GGGGCCGAGCUGAAUGAAGGCAGUGAGGGAGAGCGUGCCAGCCUGCAAAGGAGCGCCUUCAGAGUCUCUGGAGCAAGCAAGAGAGAAGCAGCGAUUAGAACAUUUUUUUUUCCUGGGGGUCGAUUGUCAUUCCUGGAGAUAACACGUCCCAACUCUGAUGCAUUUUCUUUUUUUUUUUUUUCUUUUCUGCAAGAAGUUAAGAGACUUCCACGUUAUUGACAUUCAUCCAUCGGAGAGAAAUGGUUUUUUUGCUUUGCAAGACGCGGUGGAAAAUAUAUCCCUGAGCUGAACAAGUGCCACUGGAGGAUGUGGGGUGUCUCUCUGUAUGUGUCUGUGUGUUAAAUACCAGAAGAGCCCAGAUCCCCCACGACCACCAACCACCCCAUGGGUAAUAAAGACGAAAUGUGGAGAGAAUGACUAACGACAAAUCUGUGAAUUUUUGUUCUCUGGAGUUUGCUAAUUGGCCAGCCCCGAAGCAACACAUUUCACACGGAGGAAAACGUUUUGGCUGCUUUUUUGAUUUCUUUCACCUCCCCAAACUGGUGCUACCAGAUGCAUGGCUUUCUUUCUAACUGCAGCCUACCAGGAGAAAGGGGAAAGGUUGAGGCAACUAACUGGCUGUCUCCAAAUAAACGAUGAGCUGUAAUGCAUCCUCCCGUCCAUGCACACUUCCUCUUGCAGUUUGGGCAUCGUUCCUCAGUGGAAACCUUUAAACCCUAAAAUCCGGGAAAAGCAAAUAAAUACAUUAUCAUGGACCUGAGGGAUUUUUACCUGUUGGCUGCUCUGAUUGCCUGUUUAAGGCUGGAUUCUGCAAUAGCUCAAGAACUUAUUUACACUAUUAGAGAGGAAUUGCCUGAGAAUGUGCCCAUAGGAAACAUACCAAAGGAUCUAAACAUUUCUCACAUCAAUGCUGCCACAGGGACCAGUGCCAGCCUUGUCUACAGACUGGUUUCUAAAGCGGGGGAUGCCCCUUUGGUGAAAGUAUCCAGUAGCACUGGGGAAAUUUUCACAACCUCCAAUAGAAUAGACAGAGAAAAACUCUGUGCUGGAGCCUCUUACGCUGAGGAGAAUGAGUGUUUCUUUGAACUUGAGGUGGUGAUUCUCCCCAAUGACUUUUUCAGGCUGAUCAAAAUCAAAAUAAUUGUCAAGGAUAGCAAUGAUAAUGCCCCCAUGUUCCCAUCACCUGUCAUCAAUAUUUCCAUUCCAGAAAACACUUUGAUCAACAGCCGCUUUCCCAUCCCAUCAGCAACAGAUCCUGACACAGGCUUCAAUGGUGUACAACAUUAUGAAUUGUUAAAUGGGCAGAGUGUUUUUGGACUGGAUAUUGUGGAAACUCCAGAGGGAGAGAAGUGGCCACAAUUGAUUGUUCAGCAAAACUUGGACAGAGAACAGAAAGAUACCUAUGUGAUGAAAAUCAAAGUAGAGGAUGGAGGCACGCCUCAAAAAUCCAGCACAGCUAUCCUGCAGGUCACAGUAAGUGAUGUAAAUGACAACAGGCCAGUGUUCAAAGAGGGUCAAGUGGAAGUGCAUAUUCCAGAGAAUGCGCCUGUAGGCACCUCUGUCAUUCAGCUCCAUGCCACUGAUGCAGAUAUAGGCAGUAAUGCUGAAAUCCGGUACAUUUUUGGUGCCCAGGUCGCCCCUGCAACCAAAAGACUCUUUGCUUUAAAUAAUACUACUGGACUGAUUACAGUUCAGAGGUCCCUAGACCGAGAGGAGACAGCCAUUCACAAAGUGACAGUGCUGGCUAGUGAUGGCAGCUCCACUCCUGCUCGAGCAACUGUUACCAUCAAUGUCACUGAUGUAAAUGAUAACCCUCCAAACAUAGACCUCAGGUACAUUAUAAGUCCCAUCAAUGGCACAGUGUAUUUAUCUGAGAAAGAUCCGGUCAAUACGAAGAUUGCCCUAAUUACAGUUUCAGAUAAGGACACAGAUGUGAAUGGCAAAGUGAUCUGUUUCAUUGAACGAGAGGUCCCGUUUCAUUUAAAGGCGGUGUAUGACAACCAAUAUCUGUUAGAGACCUCCUCUUUGUUGGACUAUGAGGGCACCAAAGAAUUCAGCUUUAAAAUUGUUGCCUCUGAUUCUGGGAAGCCCAGUUUAAAUCAGACUGCCCUGGUAAGGGUUAAGCUUGAGGACGAAAAUGACAACCCACCAAUUUUCAGCCAGCCUGUAAUUGAGCUGUCAGUUGCGGAAAACAACCGACGUGGGUUAUACUUAACAACUAUUAGUGCCACAGAUGAAGACAGUGGGAAAAAUGCAGACAUUGUUUAUCAGCUUGGACCGAAUGCCUCCUUUUUUGAUCUGGACCGAAAGACAGGAGUUUUGACAGCCUCCAGAGUCUUUGACAGAGAAGAACAAGAGCGGUUCAUUUUUACAGUAACUGCCAGGGACAAUGGGACCCCUCCCCUGCAAAGCCAAGCGGCAGUGAUAGUUACUGUUCUGGAUGAGAAUGACAAUAGCCCCAAGUUUACACAUAAUCAUUUUCAAUUUUUUGUGUCUGAGAAUCUGCCAAAGUAUAGUACUGUGGGGGUGAUCACAGUGACAGAUGCAGAUGCUGGAGAGAAUAAAGCGGUGACUCUUUCCAUUCUCAAUGACAAUGAUAAUUUUGUCUUGGAUCCCUACUCUGGAGUCAUAAAGUCAAAUGUCUCCUUUGAUAGAGAACAGCAGAGUUCCUACACUUUUGAUGUCAAAGCCACGGAUGGAGGACAGCCGCCUCGAUCCUCUACUGCAAAAGUUACUAUCAAUGUCAUGGAUGUCAAUGACAACAGUCCAGUUGUCAUUUCCCCACCUUCAAAUACUUCUUUCAAGUUGGUGCCCCUCUCAGCCAUUCCUGGUUCUGUGGUUGCUGAAGUUUUUGCAGUGGAUGUCGACACAGGGAUGAAUGCUGAACUGAAGUACACUAUUGUAAGUGGGAACAACAAAGGUUUGUUUCGCAUCGAUCCUGUAACAGGUAACAUCACUCUGGAGGAGAAACCGGCACCUACUGAUGUCGGUUUGCACCGUUUGGUGGUCAACAUCAGUGAUCUUGGGUACCCAAAGUCUUUGCACACGCUUGUGCUGGUUUUUCUCUACGUGAACGACACAGCUGGAAACGCCUCGUAUAUCUAUGACUUGAUCCGCAGGACUAUGGAGACCCCAUUGGACAGGAACAUAGGGGACAGCAGCCAACCCUACCAAAAUGAGGACUAUCUGACCAUCAUGAUUGCCAUUGUCGCAGGUGCCAUGGUGGUCAUAGUCGUGAUCUUUGUGACUGUCCUUGUGCGCUGUCGCCAUGCAUCCAGGUUCAAAGCAGCUCAGAGGAGCAAGCAAGGUGCUGAAUGGAUGUCCCCAAAUCAGGAGAACAAACAGAACAAGAAAAAGAAAAGGAAGAAAAGAAAGUCUCCCAAGAGUUCUCUUCUGAACUUUGUGACAAUUGAAGAGUCCAAACCAGAUGAUGCAGUUCACGAACCUAUCAAUGGGACUAUCAGCCUGCCGGCUGAGCUGGAGGAGCAAAGUAUAGGAAGAUUUGACUGGGGUCCCGCACCUCCCACAACCUUCAAGCCUAACAGCCCUGACCUGGCCAAGCACUACAAAUCUGCUUCUCCGCAGCCUGCUUUUCAUCUUAAACCAGACACUCCCGUUUCUGUGAAAAAGCAUCAUGUGAUUCAGGAGCUCCCUUUGGACAACACCUUUGUUGGGGGUUGUGACACCCUUUCCAAACGUUCUUCCACUAGUUCAGAUCACUUCAGUGCCUCAGAGUGCAGUUCCCAAGGAGGCUUCAAGACAAAGGGCCCCUUACACACCAGACAGUGUAACUCACACAGCAAAAGUGACAAUAUUCCUGUCACUCCUCAGAAAUGUCCCAGCUCUGCGGGUUUCCACAUUCAGGAGAAUGAAGAAAGCCAUUACGAGUCGCAGCGCCGCGUUACAUUCCACCUCCCUGAUGGCUCCCAGGAAAGCUGCAGUGACAGUGGUCUAGGAGACCACGAGCCUGUGGGGAGUGGAACCCUGAUCUCACAACCUCUUCCUCUGGUUCAGCCACAGGACGAAUUCUAUGACCAGGCCUCUCCGGACAAGAGGACUGAAGCAGACGGCAACUCUGAUCCCAACUCUGAUGGGCCUCUAGGCCCCAGAGGAUUAGCUGAAGCUACAGAGAUGUGCACACAGGAGUGCUUAGUUUUGGGUCAUUCUGAUAAUUGUUGGAUGCCUCCUGGUUUGGGUUCAUAUCAGCACCCUAAAUCACCUCUUUCGACCUUUGCACCCCAGAAAGAAUGGGUCAAGAAGGACAAGCUUGUGAAUGGGCAUACACUUACCAGAGCCUGGAAAGAAGAGAGCAACAAGAACCAGUUCAAUGACCGUAAGCAGUAUGGCUCCAAUGAAGGCCAUUUCAACAAUGGCAGCCAUAUGGCAGACAUUCCUCUGGCAAACCUGAAGUCUUACAAGCAAACAGGAGGUGCUAUUGAGAGCCCUAAAGAACACCAACUCUAAAAUGAAAAAAAAAAAGGAUAUAUGGGACCUAAUAUCUUUAAUCUAAAUAGACAUGCUAAUACUGUGUGUGUCAGAGCUUUAUGUAUUCAAUAGAUCUUUACAAAUAUGCCCUUUAUAGCAGGGAUGUCUAUAACUUUGUGUUAGCACUCUGGAGGAUACGAUGUUUUACACCAGAAGUGAGAAGAUAGUCUACUAGCCAUGUGACCUUGUUUACUAGAAAUGAUUAAAUUCUUGAAAGAUAUUUCCAUUGUGCAAAAACCUUUUUUAAAAAAAAGUUUUAUUUUGACCCUGGACUGCUGCUAUGAACAAUAGAAUAUGCAUUUGGAGAGUAAGAAAGUUACACGGAUUAGAGUGAUUGACAAACAUAUCCGGUUAGAAAAUUGUGCUCCUUUUGUCAUUGGUUUGUGCUGGGACUGCUAUACUUGACAUUAUACUUCAAACAAAACUUAAAAGAUAAGCAUUAAACCUAUUGUGCUGUUACCAACGUUAGUGGACCCUUGUAAGUCAAUCAGUGUUAAAGUAUUUGUAAAUAGAAGCAAGUUAUUAUUAACAACUUUUCUGUACUUAUAACACUCACCUAAAAUGUUGUAGCAUAAUUCUGUGUUUUACGGUUGCUUCUUUCUUUUUCUUUCUUUUUUACUUUGCCUCUGUCGUUAUUUUUGUUGUUUCUUUUAGUGAAGUAUUUCUGCAUUAGUAGUCUGUCUUGACACACACUGUUCAAAAUUCUCAAACACUUAAGUUUAAAAAAAAGGUUCUGGAACUUUGCUUCUUCUAUGCUAGCUUAUAAUGCUUGGAUUCUGUAAAAAAAAUAUAGCAAAUGAAGUUUUAUAUAUAAAAAGGACUUCUGCAAAAGCUUGGAAAUUCAGAACCUAUUUUCUUGACAGCCUUAUUUUGAAGGCAAGCAAAUGUAAAAUCAUUUAAUUAGUAGCAGUAAGUGAGAGAGUAAUAGGUAUGUGUUAUCCUUCAGAAAGUGAUAUGCUAUCCUGUACUUGUCACUCUUGCAAAACUAAUGUAACCAAAUUAGUAUAUAUUGAAGAAAAAUAACUUCAAACUAGUUUCAAUUUGGCAAACGUGUGUCUCUAACUUUGUUGAAAUGACAGAGUUUGUGUUGAUCCUCAUAUACAAUAAUGUUGUUGUAACACAAGUGUUAGACCAUAGCCACAAAAUAUUUAAUGUGUUGUGCCUUCAUGAUGUAACAGAACAUUCUCCAGGUAGGCUAGUUGGGGGAAAUAAAGGGAUAAAUCUCUAAUAAUUGCUGUUUAACUGUUUGUUAUCAUAGUUGGUCAGUGCCUGGCAGGUACCAGCAGCGUGUCACCUGGGUAAAACCAACAGAGUGACGACUAAUGUUAAUAAGAUCUCAGUUGCACGUGCAAAACAAAUCCAAAUUCGAACAUUCUUAGGAGGUUUUUGUUAAGGCAUGACAGAUGAUUAAACAAAUAAAUAGCAUGCAACAAAAUGUCUUUAUUGAAAGAAGUGAAAGUUAUCUUAAUGCCACAGUUCAACAUCCGUUUAAAAAGAAAAAAAAAUAAAUAAAACACAAAAAAAGGUUUGCUAAUCUGAUAGUUAAUUUGUUCUUACCAAAAAAAAUUUACUUUGUAAAUAGAAAUUUAAAUUUUCCACAGUAUAAUGGAAAAUAAUGGGUAGGGGUGCAUUGCUUAUUGCAGUACAUUUUUGUCGGUUUGUGAGGGGUGUUUGAUGAUUUUGACAGAAUAAAUAUCUAAACAAUUAUCCUUGUUACUGCUUUGCCAGUUCUACGUUAUUUACAAUUAUUCAGCUCUUGCAAUAAAUGUUCUGAAUUCCUGA